GGGGAGCUCACCCAUCGCGAUAGCAUGGUGCGGAAAGGCGCCGAGGGGGCCCAGGGCAAGCAGUUUUAUCGGAUGAGACGAGGCGAUGUGCAAUUUACCACUGGCGGCACAGGCAUUGCGCACUCCGAACAAAACGAGUCCGACAAACCCGUCCACUUUCUGCAGAUAUGGGCCGUUCCCUGGAAAUACGGGUUGAAACCGCAGUAUCACACCCGCUCGUUCGACGAGGCUGCCAAACGCAAGGCCUUUGUUCCCAUUCUAUCGCCUCUGGCAGCUGGGCCGGAUGCAACGGCCGCAGAGGAAGAUGCCGCGCUCCCCCGGAUUCCGGAGACGAUUCCGAUCCACGCGGACUUUGUGAUGGCGGCGGGUAUUAUUGAGCCAACGCAGAAGUUUGCAUGGACAGUUGGGGCCGGGAAUAAUGCUGUCACCCAGACGAAGAAACGGAAUGUGUACGUCCACCUACCCAUGACGAAGAAUGGGAAGGCAAAGGUUCGCCUGGAUUAUCGGGAGGAUGCGAUAUUGGAGGAAGGGGAUGGCGCCUUUAUCACCGGUGUGAACGCGGGGGAUGUACUAAAUGUGGAGAGCAUAGGGGAGGCAGAGUCGGAAGUUAUUGUAUUAGAUAGUAAUUAAGACCGGGAUGAGGUUAAAUAAUGUGAACAGUGUAUGCAAUUUACAGACUGCUUUCUCCCCACUCCCUACCUUGAUACCAGCUAGAACAGCCUUAACUAAGAGAGAUCUUUGACACCGGUCCUUACGUGUUUCCCCAUACUAACUAUUUGACCUGGCGAGGCUUAUCCCAAGAGAACGACGACCAGAUGAACGCUUCAUCAGUGAAUCUGAAGAGCUCACCCUGUUUGAUAUAAUUCGGAUGUCUGUAAGAGCAGCAAAACAUGGAAUACCCCGUGUUGUUUAGUGAUGAUGAUGAUGCUCAUGGCCGCCGCAUCCAUUAUGGUUCUUAUA